AUGGACGGGCAGACACCAGGCGGGCGGAGUUCUCCACGCGUCCUAGGACGGUGGCAGACGCCUGCCCGCUUGUCCCGAGACCCCUGGGGGGCCCGCCCCGCCCGUCCCAGGACCAGUGGCGGACGCCUGGCCGCCCGCCUGUCCCAGGACCCGCGGCAGGCCCGGCCCGCCCUCGUCCCGGAACCAGUGGUCAGUGGUGGACGCCUGCCCGCCCGUCCCGGGAGCCGCGGCGGACCCGGCCCGGCCGUCCAUGGACCAGCAGCGGAUGCCUGCCCGCCGGUCCUGGCCCGCCCAUCCCGGGACCUGAUGCGGGCCCGGCCCGCCCGUCCCAGGACCAGGGGCGGACGCCUGCCCGCCCGUCCCGGCACCCGCGGAGGGCCUGGCCUGCCAGUCCUGGGACCAGAGGCGGACGCCUGCCUGCCCGUUCCGGGACCCACGGUCCUCACUUACCAAGAGCAGCGGCGGACGGGCGGAGGGCCCGGCCCGCCAGUCCUGGGACCAGGGACAGACGCCUGCCUGCCCGUCCCGGGACCCGUGGCGGGACCAGGGGCGGACACCUGCCCACCCGUCCCGGGACCCGCAGCGCGCCCGGCCCUCACGUCCCGGAACCAGUGGCGGACGCCUGCCUGCCCGCCAGUCCCAGGACCCUCAGCAGGCCAAGCCAGCCCAUCCGGGAACCAGUGGCGGACGCCUGCCGACCCAUCCCGGGAGCCAAGGCGGGCCCGGCCAGGCCGUCCCGAGACCAGUAGCAGACGCCUGCCCGCCUGUCCCGGGAACCGCGGAGGGCCCGGCCCGCCAGUCCUGGGACCAGGGGCAGAUGCCUGCCCGCCCGUCCCAGGACCCGCAGCGGGCCCAGCCCGCCCGUCCCGGGACCAGGGGCGGACGCCUGCCCGUCCGUCCCAGGACCCACAGUGGGCCCGGCCCUGA